ACAUGAAUCCAAGAAACAACAACUAACAUCACACCUUACAGAUUUGAAACUAUAAGUUUGAUCAUCAUAUAAAUAUGAAGAAGGCCAUUGCUUUGCAUGUUGUAGGGUUUCUUGUGGUUAUGGGGUUUAUCGGGUCUCAAGCAGCUUUGCUUCCAAAAACCUAUAACUAUGAGGUUAAAGAAGCCAACUUCACAAGGCUAUGCAAGAGCAAGAGGAUCUUGACGAUUAAUGGUGAAUUUCCUGGUCCGACUAUUUAUGCUCAUAGGGGUGAAACCCUCAUUGUUAACGUAUUCAACCGAGGCAAUCUAGGCAUCACUAUUCACUGGCAUGGAGUGAAGCAACCAAGAUAUCCAUGGUCUGAUGGGCCUGAAUUCAUCACACAAUGUCCGAUCAAACCAGGAGGCAACUUUAGCCAAAAAAUCAUUCUUUCUGACGAAGAAGGCACACUAUGGUGGCACGCUCAUAGCGAUUGGACUCGAGCCACUGUUCAUGGUCUAAUCGUUAUAUUCCCCAAGAUCGGAAGGCCAUACCCUUUCCCUAAACCAGCCGCCGAGUUUCCCAUCAUCUUUGGUGAAUGGUUUAGGCAAGAUGUUGAGGCUGUGUUGCUAGAUUUCAUGAGCACCGGAGGGGAUCCUAAUUCAUCUGAUGCUCUAACCAUCAAUGGCCAACCUGGUGAUCUUUACCCUUGCUCUACUGCAGAAACAACCAAGUUCAUUGUGGAACAUGGAAAAACUUAUAUGCUCAGAAUGGUUAAUGCCGCGAUGAACCUCUUCAUGUUCUGGGCRAUUGGAGACCACGAAGUAACCGUUGUAGGAACCGAUGGUGCAUACACCAAGCCACUAAAAAGCGACUAUGUGACCAUCUCCCCUGGCCAAACCAUCGACCUCUUGUUUAAAGCCAACCAACCCAUAGGUCGCUAUUAUAUUGCAGCUAAGCCAUAUAAUAGCCAGCCAYKGAUUAGUUUCGAUAACACUACCACCACAGCCAUUAUCGAGUACAAAGGCUACAAAAAAUCAUCUUCACCUCCAAUUUUUCCCCAUCUUCCAAAGGUUAGUGACACCAGUGCAUCGGUUAAUUUCACUGGAAGCCUUAGAAGUUUAGCAAGUCGUGCUCAUCCUAUCGACGUCCCAAUGAAGAUCACACACAACUUCUUGUUCACCAUCUCCAUCAACACAUUGCCAUGCCCUAAUAAUGCAUGUUUAGGACUUGGAGGACGUAGGUUUGCUGCAAGUGUAAACAACAUAACAUUUGAUUCUCCAAGGAUUUCGAUACUGGAUGYUUAUUAUAGAAGAAUCACYGGUGUUUAUGGAGACGACUUUCCCAGUUUCCCACCAUUGUUUUUCAACUUUACCUCCACUAAUCUGAGUACAUCGUUGCAGACUCCGUUGAAUGCUACAGAGGUGAAAGUACUAGAUUUCAACGACACAGUAGAGCUGGUGUUUCAAGGAACAAACUUGGUUGCAGGGAUCGAUCACCCCAUGCAUUUGCAUGGGCAUAGUUUUUACGUUGUUGGAUGGGGAUUUGGUAACUUUAAUAGAAGUAAGGAUCCUUUGGGGUAUAAUCUUGUUGAUCCUCCUCUCCAACAGACCAUUGCAGUUCCGAAAAAUGGGUGGACAGCUAUUAGAUUCAAGGCCGAUAACCCUGGAGUUUGGUUAAUGCAUUGCCAUCUUGAACGUCAUAUAAGUUGGGGAAUGGAGGCAGUAUUCAUCACAAAGAAUGGUAGCGGUMCAGGGGAAUCAAUCUUGCCACCACCUCCAGAUUUCCCACCAUAUAUCGAUCAUCUGAAGACAGCCAUGAGCAUGCAUGUUCUUGUUCUAGGGCUCCUCGUGAUUCUUGGUUUCAUACAAUCACAAGCAGCUUUGGUUCACUAUACUUUCGUGGUUCAAGAAAACAACUACACAAGGCUAUGCAGCAGCAAGAACAUUUUGACAGUUAAYGGACAAUAUCCUGGUCCGACUAUUUCUGCUCGUAGAGGCGACACGGUCAUCGUCGAUGUUAUCAACCAAGMCACCCAGAAUAUAACUAUUCAUUGGCAUGGAGUGAAACAACCUAGAUAUCCAUGGUCUGAUGGGCCAGAGUUUAUCACGCAAUGCCCAAUUCAACCUGGUACCCGUUUUAGCCAAAAGAUUAUUCUUUCUGACGAGGAAGGCACGUUAUGGUGGCAUGCACACAGYGAUUGGUCUCGAGCCACCGUACAUGGUUUACUAGUCGUCUCUCCCAAAAUCGGGACUACUUUUCCGUUUCCUAAACCUCAUGCAGAGGUUCCCGUCAUCUUUGGUGACUGGUGGAAAAAUGAUAUACARACAGUGAUGGAAGACUUUCUGCGUACAGGAGGAGAUCCAGCUCCCUCUGAUGCUCUAACAAUCAACGGUCAACCGGGCGAUCAAUACAAUUGCUCUCGUCCAGGAACAACCAUUGUAAAUGUGGAUCAAGGAAAGACUUACUUGCUUCGAAUGGUAAAUGCUGCCAUGAACAAUAUCAUGUUCUUUGCAAUCGAUAACCAUCAAGUCACCGUCGUAGGAACUGAUGGGGCAUACACCAAGCCACUAAAAUCAAAUUAUGUGACUAUAUCACCUGGACAAACACUAGACCUCUUGUUAGAAGCAAACCAACCCCACAAUCGCUAUUAUAUGGCUGCAAAGUUCUAUAACAGCAACCCUCGUAGUCUUUUUGACCGCAGCACCACCACAGCCUUCAUCAAGUACAAUGGGAACUACACUCCAUCUCCAUCACCUGCCUUACCUGUUCUUCCUGCUUUUAAUGACCGAAAUGCAUCUGCCGGUUUCACUAGUAGCCUAAGAAGUUUAGCAAGUCAUGAUCAUCCCAUUGAUGUUCCACUGAAAAUCACGAGGAAGUUACUCUAUACACUUUCAAUUAACACAUUGCCUUGUGCGAGUGGCACCACAUGUGCGGGACCACAGGGUACGAGGUUUCGUGCAAGCAUAAACAACAUUACAUUCGAUACUCCAAGGACUUCGAUUCUUGGAGCUUAUUACCGUGGAAUGAAUGGUGUUUACGGGGACGACUUUCCUGAUAAUCCCCCUUUCAUCUUCAAUUACACUGCAGAUAGUCUGAAUACGUCGCUACAAACUCCCAUGAAUGGAACUGAGGUGAAAAUUCUCAAGUACAACGAUACGGUGGAGCUUGUUUUCCAAGGAACAAAUGUGGUUUCAGGAAUAGAUCAUCCCAUGCAUUUGCACGGACAUAGUUUCUAUGUUGUUGGAUCUGGAUUCGGUAACUUUGAUCGACAACGAGAUCCUUUAAAUUAUAAUCUUGUCGACCCUCCUCUUCAACAAACCAUUGCAGUUCCUCAGAAUGGUUGGACAGCCAUCAGAUUYAGAGCAAAUAACCCUGGAGUAUGGUUCAUGCAUUGUCAUUUUGAACGUCAUGUUAGUUGGGGGAUGGAGAUGGUAUUCAUCGUAAGGAAUGGAAAGAGUGGCGAUGCAAGAAUCUUGCCUCCACCACCAGACAUGCCCAAGUGUUAG